AUGGACAAGGUGCUCUUGGGUGGAUUGGGAGGAAAAUCAAAAUCAUUGAGUUGUUGUUGGUUGGUUCAUCAUCCGCAUGAAAAUGUGUUGAUAACUACCGAUGAUAAGAGUCAACUCAUUGCUAUUUAUCAUAACGAACACGCCGAUGAUGUAGAAGAGAAGAAAGAAAUUUCAUCGUGCAAGCAAAAAGAACCUACUUGUGCUGCCUUUUCUUUAGACGGUUAUCAUUUGUUUGUUGGUUCAAAAGAUAAUGAUGUGAGGAGUUAUAAAUACCCAUCUUUUGAAUUUGAAGGUGUUAUUACACGCUCAGACCAUGUUAUUACCAGUGUGAGCGUCAACAAGAAUAAUUUAAUUAGUAUUAGUAGCAUGUCUGAAAGCAGCUCUGUUCAAAUUGUCGAUGUGAGUGCUGUUGAAAGGCCAAAAACAGUACUUAAAAUACCAGUUACUGGUGGAGUUCUUUGCUCCAAGAUCAAUUCUGACAGCAACAUUGUUGCAUUCAUAACAAGUGACAGAGAUUUGAAAAUUAUUAACGUUGACAAUGAACAAGAAUUAUUCCACAGCAAACAACAAAUAUCCAAAGAGAUUACAACAUUCUGGAAUAAUCAGCAAGGAACCACAGAUUUCUGUCCUAUAGUCAUUGCAUGGAGUUUGUGUGGAGACGUGCUGUUCAGCCCAAAUGCCACCAUUAUUGAAAAAGAUUCCAAGUUAUGGAAAAGGAAUGCUAUUACGAAAGGAGAAAUCUCGAACGACAUCUACAUCACAUCCUUCUCUCCAAACUCUGUACAUGUUGCACUAAUUGAUCUCGACAAGAACAUUAAUUUAUUCGAAUAUCAAGCUUUUUCUUCCAAGAAGCCAAAACCUUACCAAACAAUUUCUCUUAAAUCUGUAGUAACAUCAAUUGACUGGUCCAACAAUUGUAACAAAUUCUUUGUGGCAACCAAGGAUGGAAGUAUUCACAUGAUUAGCCACUUUAUCAAUGAAAAGAAACACAAGUCUACCUACAAGGUUGUAGACAACGAACAAUAUAUUAAGAAACUUCAAGAUAUUGACACGGAUGAUGUACUAUCAUUAAUUGGUGGUGACGACAGCACUGAGCAAAAGAAAGUCAAAAAAUUGGCUGAAGAAAUCAUUGACGAUGAUGAAAUAGAUGAAUUGAUGAAGGAUCAAGAGGAGCAUUUAGUUGAAGAAGAAGAAAUCGAGCCUCUUGAAGUUGUUCAUAGUCAAGAACAACCAACAGGUCUCAAAGAACAUGAUUUCGGUGUUGAUGCAUCCUCAUUUAACACUGCUCCUAUCACUAAAAAGCAUGCUGCCAUUCAACCUACUUCAUCUCCUUUUGAAAAAGUUGAAAAAGAGUAUAAGAGAUACUUGGCCAUUACUCAACAUGUUGGUUUAAUCACUGCUUCAACCAACAUGACUCCAGAAAGUGCUCCUUAUUACAAUAUUCAUAUCAAAUUUAAUCUUGCUGGAUACUCUGAAGAGAAGUUUAACGAUCAACAUAAACCUCACGUGGCUGCUUUGAACGAAAAUGGGAUUGUAUUUGGAUCCAAUGCGAACGAUCUCAUUCACAAUACAGUCAUUCAAUUCAGAAAAUUAAGAGUGACACACCAAGAUAAAGGUUGGAAAGUUAAUUUACCAUCAGACGAGAAGAUUGUGCUGGUCGCCUUGGGCUCAUCCUUUGUAGCAGCAGGUAUAGAAAAAGAAACCAAGACUGGUCAGACCCGUUGCUCUUUGGUCAGAGUUUAUUCAAGAGAGCAAAUGAAUCUUGGUAAUAUUGCAGUUGGUGGAAAUUUAGUUUCUCUUUGUGCUUCUGAAAACAAUCUGGUCAUUAUUUAUCAACAAGGAACAGGUCUCUACAUGGACUGGUAUGACAUUUCAGUGUUCAGCUGUCUCAAAUCACAUAGAGCAUUACCAUGCAAUGAGCUUCUUUGGGCUGGUUUUGGCACAGAUACCAAAGAUUUACUUUAUGUCUUUGAUAGCACUCAAGUUUUAUAUCUACUUAAUCCAGAUACUGAUUCUUUCUCUGCUUGGUGUGACUUGAAGAAAAACAAUGACAACUCUACACACUUUAUUAGCAUUAUUAGUGACGCUAGUAUUUACUCAAUAUUAUGUGGUAAUCAUAGAUCUACACCUAGUGCAGGUCAUGAUAUGACCUCAUUCAAGCUAAAUGCUACCAACAUUGAGGAUGUAUUUAUUGGAUCCACAAUUGAGUUGGAGAAGGGUCAUGACAAACCAAUUCGACUUUCUUAUGCUCGUUAUGUCACUAGGAAUGUCCAUUUCAAUCAUGCAUUCAGAAAAGGAACAGCCACAAAAGAAGACAUUGUUGAGGUAGAUCGAUUAGUUAUUGCCUUGAUUACAAGAUGCAUAGAAUUGAAAGAAUUCACAGCUGCUCUAAACUUUGCCAAAUUAUUGAGAAUGAAAUCCAGCUUGAAUAUUGUCGCCAACUUUGCCGACUCACAAAAGGAUUCAAAGCUUGCAUCCACACUGAGAAGUCUCGAAAUUUCUGCAAAAGAUGUUAGAAAUCCAAAAUGGCCCUUCCCAUCAUUUGAAGGAGUCGCUUCUUCCACACCAAGCAUUGCUAGCUCUUCACAUGAAAUAUUCAUGACUCGAGAGCAAGUCACAGAAUUGAUCAAACAAAUGUUGUCUUCACACAAUGGAGGUAUCAUUAAUGGACAUGCUGAAUCUCGUUCAUCUCAUCCAACUGAAAAACCAGAUCUUGAGACAUUGAAAUUAUUUUCUUCCUCACAAGAAACCAGUUCUGUUGCCUCACUCUCACCAGUGUCAGCAAAGAGUGACAACAAAUUUGAAGGAGAAGCAGAAUUUGUUUUUGAGAGUCAAGCUUCAAACAAGACGAUUCCUCAGAUGUUUUCUCCCAAGAGACCUAGAAAGAAGAGUGUCGAUGCCAGUGUGAAAAAGAAGCUUUCAAAUAGCUCGAAUAGCCAACCAAAGAGUCCUGGAGUGAAUCCAUUCCAAUCUUUUAAUACUAAGAAUGCUACAAAUAAUCAUGACAAGCCAUCAACAUCCACUCCUUCUACUACAUCUUCAGGAGAUCUUCUUUCUAGAAUUUCUGAAUUGGGAGGCGCCAUUGAGAGUCAAGAGGAUGCCAAGAAGCGAAAACGAGAAGCAGAAAAGAAGAAGGAGGAACAAGCUGAAGAACAGCCAAACAGCAAAAAGAAAAAGCAACCAGCCACUCAACAACCCUCUGUGUUGGAAUUUGUGAAAAAGAAUGUAGCCAUUCCGAAGAUAAGCUCUUCAGAAUUAAGCUCAGCCACCAAGCAAGCCUUAUUGCAAAAAGUGUCCCAAGAUGAAGAGGAGGAUGAUUUGGAUGUAUCUGGCAUCUUGAAUUAA